CUUUCUCCUCUUUUUCGUUUUCUUCGCAGCUGGUCGAUCACACCGCUCAUGUACCCCGCCUCCUUCUUCUUCACCAUCCCGAGCACGGCGUACGUCGUUCUCACGAGCGUCAACAUCCUCAUCGGCAUAAACGGCAGCAUCUCCACCUUCGUCAUGGAGCUGUUUGGAAACAACGAGAUCGGAGGAAUCAACGACAUCCUGAAGAACGUCCUCCUCAUCUUCCCGCACUUCUGUCUCGGUCGAGGACUCAUCGACAUGGUGAAGAACCAGGCCAUGGCCGAUGCCCUCGAGAGAUUUGGGGAGAACAGGUUACGCUCUCCUCUCGAGUGGGAUAUGGUCGGAAAAAACCUGUUCGCCAUGGCAGUGGAGGGAGUGGUCUUCUUCAUCAUCACCAUCCUCAUCCAGUACAGGUUCUUCAUAAAGCCCAGCUCCGUCAGUAAACUGACUAAACUCGCUCCACUGGGAGAGGAGGAUGAGGACGUAGCCAGAGAGAGACAGAAGAUUGUCCACGGCCUUGGCCGUGGAGACAUCCUGGAGCUGCGACAGCUCACGAAGGUGUUCAAGAGGAAACAGAAACCGGCCGUGGAUCGACUGUGUGUUGGGAUUCCACCUGGAGAGGUGAGACUCAAGACCCCGCCCCCAACACCACCACCUAGAGGU